AUGGAUAUAUUAAAUAAUAAAAGAUCAAGAACUAGAUCAUCUUCAACUCAAAAAUUUAAACAGCAAAGGUGUGAUUAUUUACCACCUUCAGAACCAGACAAAUUCAGUGGCAAAGGAACAAGUGAUUCACCAUUAAGUUUAGAUGAUUCAGAUGAUGACAAUACUUGUAAAAUUGUAAAUAAUAAUAGUAAUAGUAAUAGUAAUAAUAGUAGUAAUAAUAAUAAUAAUAAUAAUAAUAAUAAUAAUAAUAAUAAUAAUAAUAAUAAUAAUAAUAAUAAUUAUAAUAAUAAUAAUAAUAAUAAUAAUAAUAAUAAUAAUAAUAAUAAUAAUAAUAAUAAUAAUAAUAAUAAUAAUGAUAAUAAUAAUGAUAAUGAUAAUAAUAAUGAUAAUAAUAAAAAUAAUGGCGAAACAUUAUCAUCAGAUUGCGAUAGAGAUAGUGGUGAUGAAACACAAGAGAUAUUAGUUGAUCCAAAUAACAUAUAUUUAUCACCAAAACAUAUUGGAGUUGGACAAUUUCCAACAUUACCAAGUGAUAGAAUAAUUUUAUUUAAAGACGGUCAAAUUGAAUUAACAUUACCAUGGAAUUUCUUAGCACCAAAUUCAACGAUCAACAAAGAUUGUGAAAUCAUAUUACCAUACAAAUAUCUAAAAGAAUUUAUAGUAUCUUGUUAUAAAUCUUUUAUAAAUAUUGAUAUAUUAAUAAGUGAAUUUUAUUUCACUAAAAAGUGGUUAGUUAAACAAUCACAAAAUAAAAAUUACGAUUUUGGGAUAACAAAUACAAUUACAUUUAAAUCAAUACCUAGAGAUCAAUUUGAAGCAAUGAAACCAUUUAUCAUUAAGAAAUCAACCAAUUUAAAACUUUCAAUGGAGAUUGAGGAUCACAAUAAAUUAGACAGAGUCAUUGCAUACUAUCCACAUAUUAAUAGUACAAAAGAAAUUACAAAUUACAAUGAUAUAGUUAGAAUAACUUAUCAAGAUAAAUGUAGAUUAGAACCAAAUCAAUAUUUAAAUGAUUCAAUUAUUGACUUUUAUAUAAGAUAUAUAAAGGAUCAUUUUGUUCAAAAAGAAGAUAAGAAUAGGUUUUACUUUUUCAAUACUUUCUUUUAUAAUAUUUUAACACUUCAAAAUAAUAUAGUUAAUGCAUUUACAAGAAUUUCAAAAUGGACAAAGAAUGUUGAUAUUUUUUCUUAUGAUUUUUUAUUUAUUCCAAUUUGUGAAAAUUCACAUUGGACAUUAAUGAUUGUAUCAUUUCCAAAUCAAGAUUUUAGUACAGCAGAUAAUAGAAAUAAACCAUUAAUUAUAUUUUUAGAUUCAUUAAAUAGCCAAAGAUUAAAUAAUAUAAAUAAAAAGAUAAGAGAGUAUUUAACAUUGGAAUGGCAAUCUAAAAAAUCAAAUCCAUCAAAUGGAACAAUUCCAGAAAGAAAAUUCACUUCCUCAAAUUUACCUUUGGUAAGAGCAAACGUUCCAAAACAAGAUAACCUUUUUGACUGUGGUGUCUUUCUUUUACAUUAUAUCGAAUUAUUUUGUAGAAAUCCUGAAAAAGAUUUUGAAUUUCCUGUAAGUUUUUUAAAUAGACCUAAUUGGUUUAAAAUUGAAGAUAUCAUAGCAAAAAGAGAAGUUUUAAAAAUUAUUAUUGAAAAAUUAGAAUUUGAACAACAAUUGGAUGAUGAUGAUAGUGUUGAAACAACAAAUAAUUUAGAUAAAACUUCAGUAACAACAACUACUAAUUUAAGUAAUGAUCAAUUUGUAGAUAUAAUCAAUACCAAUGAAAAUAAUGAAAAAGAAAAUAAUGAAAAAGAAAAUAAUCAAAAUGAAAAUAAUGAAAAAGAAAAUAAUCAAAAUGAAAAAAAUCAAAAUGAAAAUAAUAAAAAAGAAAAUAAUGAAAAUAAUGAAAAUAAUGAAAAUAAUGAAAAUAACAAAAAUAAUGAAAGUAAUGAAAAUAAUGAAAAUAAAGACACCAAUAAAAAUGAAAAAGUUGAAGAGAAGAAAAUAGAGAUUACCAAUGAGGAAAAUGGAAAAGUAAAAUAUAGGGAAAAUGAAAAUAAAAAAGAAAAAGAAAGUGAAGAUGAAAGUGAAAAAAGAAAUGAAAAUGAAAACGGAAAGGAAACCAUUGAAACAGAAGAGUUUACCUUUUUUAAUGCUGUUGUUCAAAUCCAACCUUUGGAUAUGAAACAAAUUGAAAAAGAAACCAACCGAUCACCACCAUCACCACCAUCACCGCAACAACAACAACAACAACAACAACAACAACAACAACAACAACAACAACAAGAAACAUGCGACUCUAUCCAACAUCAACAAAUACAUAAUAAACAAUCAAUUAAUGGUAAAAAUUAA